GGGUUUCUGUUAUCGUCCUUCAUAAAUAGCAAGCCGCGGUUGCGGCCGAGAAGGCAAAGGAGUGUCGACGCCAUGGGUCGAAGACCAGCUAGAUGCUACCGCCAGAUCAAGGGUAAGCCCUACCCGAAAUCACGGUACUGCCGUGGUGUUCCUGAUGCAAAGAUCAGGAUCUAUGAUGUCGGUAUGAAGAGGAAAGGUGUCGACGAAUUCCCCUUCUGUGUCCAUUUGGUUUCAUGGGAGAAGGAAAAUGUUUCGAGCGAAGCCUUGGAAGCUGCCCGUAUUGCUUGCAACAAGUACAUGGUCAAGUCUGCCGGAAAGGAUGCUUUCCAUCUGCGUGUUAGGGUUCACCCUUUCCAUGUGCUCAGGAUCAACAAGAUGCUUUCGUGUGCCGGAGCUGAUAGGCUCCAGACCGGUAUGAGGGGUGCCUUUGGAAAACCACAGGGCACUUGCGCCAGGGUGGCGAUCGGACAAGUGCUGUUGUCUGUUCGUUGCAAGGACAAUCACGGUCACCAUGCUCAAGAGGCUCUUCGCCGUGCAAAGUUCAAGUUCCCUGGUCGUCAAAAGAUUAUUGUCAGCAGGAAAUGGGGAUUCACAAAGUUCAGCCGGGCUGAUUACUUGAAGUUUAGGCAAGAGAAACGCAUCGUUCCUGAUGGUGUCAAUGCUAAGUUUCUGUCAUGCCAUGGACCUUUGGCAAAACGGGAGCCGGGAAGAGCCUUUUUGCCGGCCACCUUUUAAAGUUUCAGAACUGCAGUGCCUCCGCUGAAGAAACAUUAUCAGAGCCUGAAACUUUUUCCUUGUUAUAGUUGUUUGGUGUUUUAAAGUUUGGUUGAACAUAUUCAUUCUCUGUCUUUGUGGUGUGAACAUGUUUCUUCUGCUUUUGCUUUACCAAAUUUGUCUAAAAUAAAUAUAAAUGAUCUUCGAAUUA